AUGAAUCUCGUUGGACGAGCCAUAGGCUCCGUCUCAAAGACCUGGAAUUCCAUCAACCCGGCGACACUCUCUGGCGCCAUCGAUGUGAUUGUCGUGGAACAACAGGAUGGUGAUCUUGCAUGUUCGCCCUUUCACGUACGCUUUGGCAAGUUCCAGCUGCUGAGGCCAAGCGAGAAGAAGGUGGAAUUUCGCAUCAACGAAGAGAAAGUGGAGUAUGGCAUGAAAUUGGGUGAUGGCGGCGAGGCCUUUUUCGUCUUUCAAACAGACAGUGAUGUUCCGGAGGAUUUACAAACGUCGCCUCUCGUGAGUCCUGUUGCGAGUCCCACGGGACGGUCAUCGUCGCCCUUGCCGGAGCCUGAAUUCUUUGAACUGAACGAGCAACAACAGCAGCACAUACGGGCGAGUAGUGCGGGGGCCAGUGAUGCGCCACUCGAGCUUGGGAACCUCAAUGAGCGUCACUUGGAGCGUCCGAUCACACCUACUUCAGAGCCAGACAGAAGACCACGCUCCGGCGAUUGGGGAGCUUUUGAUUUGAGUGCGCGGCCCGAUUCCCCAGCAAUUUCUGAACCAAUUGGCAAGAGUCGGCGGCAUACAGUCAAUGCGUCAGAUCCAAAUGCUGGUCUUGAAAUGCUCAAAACAUAUCCCGCGGGGACUCUGGCGGAUAUCAAGCUGCGGAGCGAUUUGAGCAUGAGUACACAAAAUGCCAUCCAGAAGGCUGAGGAGUUGCUCAAAAAGUUGGCUCUUGAGGAUAUACCGACGCAUGUGACAGAUGCAGGUGAUAUUAUGCUUGACAUGCAUGGCUACAAGAGUCACGACGAUGAUUUUACUCAAAUGGGGAGUAUAUCUGACCACAUUAUUGCAGGUGAAGAGUUGACAUCAGAAGGCAAGUCACUUGUGUCAGCGGAUGAGCGAGGCAACUUGUGGAUCUACGCAACAGAAGAGACCAAGCAGUACGCACAGAGCAUUCGUUCCAACUCGCCAGUCCCAGAAGAUCAAGAGGGCCCCAAGAUGCCGACUCUGCACAAAGUCACGAGUGAUCCAUCGCCUUUUGCAAACCAGAAUGAAAAGUCGGAUUCGCCCAAUUAUGCCAAGACACUGCGGUUGACAUCCGAUCAGCUCAGAGGUCUCAAGCUGAAAGACGGAGAGAACAGCAUGUCCUUCAAGGUAGGCAAGAGUGUCUGCACGGCAUCUCUCUUCUUUUGGAAGUUUGACACGCCCAUUGUCAUUUCAGACAUUGAUGGCACCAUCACCAAGUCUGAUGCGCUAGGUCAUCUGCUCAACAUGGUAGGCCGCGACUGGACUCACCCUGGCGUUGCCAAGCUGUACACAGAUAUCGCUAACAAUGGCUAUCAUUGGCUUUACUUGUCUUCCAGGUCUGUUGGCCAAGCAGACACAACGAGAAAUUACCUACGGUCUAUUGUGCAGGACAAGUACAAGCUUCCUCAUGGUCCCGUCAUUCUAUCGCCUGAUCGACUCAUGGCAGCGCUGCGGCGAGAAGUGAUUUUACGCAAACCCGAAGUCUUCAAGAUGCAGUGUCUGCGAGAUUUGCAAAAUCUCUUUGGUAAGGAAAACAAGCCUUUCCACGCAGGCUUCGGUAAUCGGAUCACGGAUGCUAUUUCAUAUCGUUAUGUGGAUGUUCGGUCGUCUCGCAUCUUCACAAUCAACUCUUAUGGAGAUGUACAGAUGGAGCUUCUUCAAUUUGCUGGCUACAAGGUCUCCUAUAUCAGCAUGAAUGAUCUUGUGGAUCACUUCUUCCCGCCGGUCAAGAGCACAAGUGUCAAGGAAGAGAGCGACUAUACAGAUUUUACAUUCUGGCGGCCGCCUGUGCCUGCUUUUGCCUUUUCUGAUGAUGAAGAUGAGGAGGACAAUGCAAAAGACGAUGCAGAAGAUGGCGGAAGCUCUGAUCAAGACUAUCAUCCAAGUGAAAUGGGCGAAGACGACCAGGAUGGAGGCAGCAGUGGCGAGGAAACUUCAGCUGAAGACUUGCGUGAGGAGGUCGCCCAGCUCAGAAGUGAUGCACAGCAGCAUGAAUCGCAGCAGCCGCAGCAGCAGCAGGUGUAG